CUUCUCAGUGUUUUACGGAAGGUGAUCACAAAAUAAUUCUUAAAUAAAAUGAAACUUUUAACUUCAAUCAUUUUAUCGGUUCUUAUGCUUCAAGCGUUGGCAAAACCAACAUUUGACGAGCAAAAUGAAUCUGAAGUUAGACCAGUGAAUGAAGUUGUUGAUGCAUUCCGAGCACAAAUUGAUGUUCAAUUUGUUCGUUAUACGAACUUUUAUGAUCGUGCUAAUGCAGCAAUGAGAGAUUAUCGAAUGGCACAUGUUGCACUUAUCACAGACAUCUACAACAGAAUUAUGGCAGUUUUCGGUGAGACAAUUGAAGCUCUCAAUGCAAGUGAAACUGAGAUGGAAGGUUUGAUACAAAAGAAGAUUGAAAUGCGUGGCGACACCACUCCUUGCAUUCAAAACGUCAUCAAUCAUCGUGAAUCUGUAUUAAAGUUUACUUCAGAAAAUAUCCAACAGUGCGCGAUCUUCGCUAAUCAAACACUUGCUACGAUGUUGACAGAUGUCUUCUAUCCUAUCUUUACUGAAAUCCAAACCGUCUUAUCAACCGUCCCACUUUCUGUGGUAGAAGUGUUGUCACUUGGAAAUGUUCUUCAAGAUGAAGAAGCUAUUGUCCAAUAUCUGGUAGAUCGUUAUGACGUCAUCCAAUUGCAAUGGCUUGCACAAGUGUCACAAUUACUUCGAUGGGACACCAAUCGAUUCGAAAACGAUGGCUUAUUCUUAGUUGAUGACACAAGAGUCUGCUUGACUGAAGAUUUCAUGCCAUAUAUUGUGGAAAACUCUCGCCUUGAAAAAAUUAUUCAAGAAUGUUAAGAAACCGUUUCAGAAAUAUGAAAUAAAUUUAAAUGAAAUUUUUUAGAAAAUUUCAAAAAUUAAGUUCAAAUUUUCUGCCGAUAAUUAAUUAAUUUAUAAAUUAUUUAUGGUUCUUGAAUCUUUUCCUUCACAUACUUCCUGUUGCUGUUCUUUAUCUUAUCAAUGAUUUUAUCAACUUAUAUUACAUUUUUCGAUAAAAUUAAGACUUCCUUUGGAC